AUGGCUGAUGCCAUUAGCUGUAUGUCAAGAGAAGUACAAUCUUCGACUCUUGAAUUUGACGCUGUGAAUUUUGCCCCCCAGGUAUCAACCCAACGUCGUGGUCAACUGGCGAUUGAAAUUAAACAAGAACCGCUAUCAUUUCUUCUGGAAGAAGGAUUUAAAGUAUCCAGCACCACACAACAUUUUUGUGGACCAACAUGCACCAUAGAGAGAAGAAUGGCUGCAUACGGCCAUGUCGGUAUCAGGUAUGAAAUGUUCUUGUCGUGACAUUAAAAUUAGAAUUUCUGUAAUUUGGUAAUUAAAGUUGUUUUUUAACUAUGUUAUUACUGGUUUUCUGUAGUCACAAUAUCUAAAUCAUUGUUUAUUGGUUUUAGGCCCUUACAGUAACAUCAGUGAUGGCCAGCUUGACAAUCUAGUAAGUAAGGCGCAAGGUGCGCGUAAUGGAAUUGGAUUGAGAGUGCUGAUGGGGUAUCGCAUAGUCAAGGUUAUAGGGUUCAGUGGGAAAGAGUGUGUCAAUCACUUCUGA